ACAUAUGUCAAUACAUACAUUUCCCUAUAUAAUUCAACUCAUCUACUCUCUUCUUGUUUACAAACACUUUCCACUUUGACUGUACUCAAAUCACGCUUGCUCCCUCUCCUCAACUACCUCCUUUUCUCUCACUCACUCUCUCCUUCUCUCUCUUCUCUCUCUUCCCUUGAUUAUUGUAGGUAUUUUGUGGCUAAAAGGAGUAGUUGUGGUGGAUUAAUCUUUUGUGGAUAAGGAUAAAACAGCAUGCGGUGGUGGUUCAGUCUUUCUAUUGAUGUUUAUCGCAAAGUUAUUUCUUUGAAUCUCUAUUGCAAAGUUAUUCUCUAACUUGAAAAAUUUUCAACCCUUUAUUGUUGAAAACCCUUUCAAUUUUCUCAUAUUUUUAUACCUUAUAACUCACUUCAAUGGGAUCCAAUUUCUUUGUUGUUGUUCCUUGUUAUGUUCGCCAGAUCAGCUGAAAAUUUAGCUACACCACUUUGUUUUAACCCUUUUGUGUUGUGAGUUCUUUUCAAGAUCUGUUUGAACUGGUUAAGGGAGUGUUGGGAUUUUAGUGAAUCAAUUUGUUGUAUUUGGAACAUUUUGGUUAUUCUAUAUUUGAAGGGUUGGAAAGUAGUUAUGGUGUGCCAAGCAGCUGGUCAAACCAAAUUUAGGGCUUUGAAACAUGAAAAUGGAACGGCAGGGUGCGCAACCAUCAUAGUUAGAGUUAUAGCAUGCUUUCAACCUCUCAGAGAAUGCCAGGCUGAAUAUUUCCGUCAGUUACUCAAACCUGUAACGUAAUUGUUUAGUUUUCCUUUGCUCUUUUUGGGUUAAUCCGGUGGUUUUAGUUGUUUUAAUCAUUGUUGGUAUAAGAGAAACCAAUAGUAAAAGAUAGCUCUUGGUGUUUGAAUCAGUUUUUCUAAAAGGUGAUUGUUGUGGUUGAAUGGGAGAGAAUUGCGGAACCUGGACGCAUCAGGUGCAAUUUAAUCAAUCACCCAAUUUGAAUUCUUUCCGUGCUCCCUUUGAUAUGGGGAAGCAAAAUGCUGCUGCUGCGGGAAUAAACCCGUGUGUCAAUAUGAAUACGGUUUCAAGGAAUGAGGCAGUACCACCAGCUUAUGCAUCCUCUGCACUACCUUAUAUGCAGUCAGGACAUUUAAAUGAACCUCAUGGUUGGUUUUAUUGUUUGCCUCGCUUUCGACAGGGUUUUACGUGUCCUCCGAACCUCAUUUCCGAGGAUAAACUCCCUAAUGCUAGUCAUUUGAAGGGUUUUAAGGAGGAAACUACACAGAAUGGGGAAUUGGGCUUUCCUCAAAAACAGUUUCUUGUUAUUGAUCAAACCGGUGAUCAGACGACUCUCAUUUAUAGUUCGAGAUUCGGGAAGCCUGUUGAGUGCCUUGGUUCAUGGGAUUCCAAGUUUCAUGGUUGUAACAAUUUGAAUGCAAAUAAUGAACCUUCUUUAAGAAGAGACAUGAAUCAUGUCGUUGGAGUUGAACCAACUUUUGAUUAUAAAGUUGAUGAAAAUGAGAAUCAACGAACCGAGAUUGAAAGCGAGAUGCAUGAAGACACGGAGGAGAUCAAUGCAUUGCUUUAUUCUGACAGCGAGGGUUAUUCUACUGAGGAUGAUGAAGUUACCAGCACAGGUCAUUCACCCAGUACAAUGACCACUCAUGACAACCAGGAACCUUAUGGAAUUGGAGGAAUUGUCGAAGAAGUUGCUAGCUCCUCCCCUGGAAAAACAAAAAAACGUAAGCUAUUCGAUGUGGCUUAUGAUGAUGUGCAGUUUGCGGACACUGCAAAUUCUCUAAAACGAAACCGACCCAGCGACCUCAAUCAGAAUGACGGUGAUAACGACGAUGCAGAAUCAAGAUGCUCUGGUAGCAAUUAUGGUCAAGGGUCUGGCGAAAUGGGUUCUUUAGCAGACACUAAGAAGAUGAGAAAAGAAAAGAUUCAAAAUGUUCUAAGCAUUUUGCAGUGCAUAGUACCUAAUGGGAAGGAUAAGGAUCCAAUCCAGCUUCUGGAUGAUGCCAUACGCCGCUUGAAAUCUUUGAAACUCAAGGCUAGAGCUCUCGGUCUCAACGCCUUGUAAAUCGUUUCAAGAACAUCAAGCCAUCUACAUUACUACUUAUUACUUAUAUGUCAUGUCUUAGCAGAAUAAACAAGAUGUGUUCAUCUUUCACCAGAGGAAGUAUUCAGCAAAAGUUCCGAAGUGUGGCGUAUGAAAUCCGAUUAUCUGCCAGCCUGAAACUGUGAGUUCCACACAUAACCUUUUGAGAAUUUCCUCAGUUGUUAAUCUGGAACAUAAAAUUCAGCUGUUUUUUAAUGCAACUUGUGUGUUAUUACGUGUGAAGAAAAAGGGAAGUACUCACUAUUACUCAUCCAAUUAUGGCACAAUAAAGGAAAAAAAGAAUGAUCAAGUCCAUAUCUUAGGGGUUAGAGAAAGUAGCACUAACGCAAUAGCAUGGGAUAUGAGCUGUUUUGAAUGAGAAAACCUCAAAAAAACAAGAGUGCACGCCUCUUGGCUGUUAUGGGACCCAACUUCACUCCCUCUUUUUGUAUCCUUGUCAUGUUCAGUCCUUUUGUGGGUUUACUUUUUUCCCUCAUGUGUGCAAUUUAUUAUCACUACCUAAGGCUAUUAAGCACCACCACCACCCUUUUGUGAGAAGAAGACUGAUACAGACAACUUUGUGUUGAUGAUGAGGGGACCCUUUUCAUUCACUUCAUGGAUAGAGAAAUUGGUGCAGUUAUGUAAAAACUAAAAACACUGAUUUUUAUUUUACCUUGUAUGUUUUUUUGUUUAGUGUGUGUGUGUAUUGUAAUUGGUACUACUAUAGUACUUAUGAUAUCUUGGUUGAAUGUAAUUUAAUGUGGUUGGUGUUA